AUGGCAUCCUUUGCGCAUGCCUUGCUGACAUUUCUCGCCGCCGCCGCCGCCCUCUCUCCUGCGCCUGCGAUGUGCUAUGUCAACCCGGGGGGAAACCCCCACCUGCUGCAGGAUAGUGCUUCGGCCUAUCCUACGCGCAUUGUGCUCGUCCGGCCACCGCCGGACACCGGAGCAGCUGCUGACGAAUUCACCCACCGGCUGUGGCACGAGUCCUUCCUGCCCACCUCCCUCACCGACUCCGGCGAGCCGCGCCUCGUGCACUCCUACACCGAGGCGUUCAGCGGUUUCGCGGCAAGGCUCACGGAUGCCGAGCUCGACGCGGUGGCCGAGAAGCCGGGGUUCGUGCGCGCGUUCCCCGACCGCACGCUCCAGCUCAUGACCACGCACACGCCGGAGUUUCUCGGGCUCAGGCAGGGCCCCGGGUUCUGGAGGGACGGCGCCGGGUACGGGAAGGGCGCCAUCGUCGGCCUCCUCGACGCUGGCAUCUACGGCGCGCACCCUUCCUUCGCCGACCACGGCGUCGCGCCGCCGCCGGCCAAGUGGAAGGGCACGUGCGCCGGCUCCGCGUCCCGAUGCAACAGCAAGCUCAUCGGCGUCAGGUCCCUCGUCGGGGACGAUGCCAGGGACGACUUCGGGCACGGGACGCACACCUCGUCCACGGCCGCGGGGAACUUCGUCGCCGGCGCCUCGAGGGACGGCAUGGCCGCCGGCACCGCGGCCGGGGUCGCCCCCGGCGCGCACCUCGCCAUGUACAAGGUGUGCACCGGCAAGGGGUGCUCCGACUCGGCCGUGCUGGCCGGGAUGGACGCGGCGAUCAAGGACGGGGUGGACGUGAUCUCCCUGUCCCUCGGUGGCAACGCCACGUUCCGAUUCGAUCACGACCCCAUCGCCAUCGGCGCCUUCAGCGCGGUGGCCAAGGGCAUCACCGUGGUGUGCGCCGCCGGCAAUAACGGCCUCAAGCCAGCGUCCGUCGUCAACGACGCUCCGUGGCUGAUCACCGUCGCUGCAAGCUCGGUGGACCGGAGCCUCCUCGCCGAGGUUCAGCUCGACGACAAGGACCUCACCGUUGCCGGCGAGGCGAUUAACCAGCAGGUGACCAACUCGAGCACGUUAUUUCCCGUCCUCUACUCCGACGAGCGGCGCAACUGCAUCUACCGUGGCGAGGAACGCAAAGCCGUCGCCGGCAAGAUCGUGAUCUGCGAGGCCGUCGACAACCUUCUACCCUACAACACAUCGGAGAAGUCCAUCCUCCGUGACAUCAAGAGCGCCGGCGCCGCCGGCGUUGUGCUGAUCAACACCAAGGCUGACGGGUACACCACCGUGCUCUACGACUACGGCUCCGACGUGGUCCAGUUGACCGCCGCCGACGGAGGUAGAGUCACCAAGUACGCGUCGUCCAACUCCGCGACGGCGGCCAGCAGGUUCAUCAACCACAGGACGACGGUGCUCGGCGUCCGCCCAUCUCCAACCGUGGCCUCGUUCUCGUCGCGUGGUCCAAGCACCAUCACUCCGGGCGUGCUCAAGCCGGACGUCCUGGCUCCGGGGCUCAACAUCCUCGCCGCCUACCCGCCCAAGACCCUUCUCGGAGCCGGACCUUUCGACGUCCUGUCCGGCACGUCCAUGUCCGCGCCGCACAUCAGCGGUGUCGCCGCGCUCAUCAAGAGCGCGCACCCCGGCUGGUCGCCGGCGGCCGUCAAGUCGGCCAUCAUGACGACCUCAGACGCCGUCGACAGGAGCGGCGGCCCGAUCCUGGACGAGCAGCGCAGGAACGCCGACGCGUACGCGACCGGCGCCGGUCAUGUCAACCCCGCCAGGGCCGCCGACCCCGGCCUGGUGUACGACCUCGGCGCCGCCGACUACGCCGGCUACAUCUGCGCGCUCCUGGGCGAUGCCGCGCUGGCGGUGAUCGCGCGCGACCCCAGCCUGAGCUGCGCGAAGCUGCCUAGGACGCCGGAGGUGGAGCUCAACUACCCGGCGAUCACGGUGCCGCUGCAGCCGGCGCCGUUCACGGUGAGGCGGACGGUGACGAACGUGGGGCCAGCGGCGUCGACGUACACGGCAGAGGUGGAGGCGCCCAAGUCCCUGACGGUACGCGUAUCGCCCGGGACGCUGGUGUUCACCAAGGCCGGCGAGAAGAAGACGUUCAGUGUGACGGUGAGCAGCCAUGGCAGCGGCGACGUCUUAGAAGGCAGCUUGAGCUGGGUAUCAGGGAAGCAUGUCGUCAGAAGCCCGAUCAUCGCCGACUCACGCCUCACCCUAUCCUGGAGGACGGCUAUCCUCUCAUCGGAACGCCUUGCCACGACUUCGGCCGCCGAGAGGGCGGUCGUCAAGUCGUCGCACAGGUGCGGGGUUAUCCAUUUGCACCCUAGAUCGAUCCCCUUCUCCCGUGUUCAGCCCUCUCUAUCUCCAGGCCCUCCUCUCCUCUGUCUUGCGCCUGUCUUGGCCCCGCCGCCGGCUGCAGCGAGCCCGUCGUCGGAGCGGCCGCCAGAGGAGCUGCGCCCGCUCGCCGGGGCGCCGCAGGAGUGUGCCGCUCGGCCGCCGCAGGAGCCGCGCCGCCCGACCGCUGCAGGUACACUGCCCACCGCCCGCCUGCUGCUGCCGGAGCGCCGCCGCCGCCGCUGCCACCCCGCUGCAGCCAGCUGCUACCCGCCAUCCCGUGCUCUUCUAUCUCUCGACACGCCUCUGCAUCUCGUGCUCCCCUGCAGGCCACUCGGCCCCGCCUCCUGCAGGCUGCAGGCCGCUGCCCUUGCAGGAGCGCCGCCAUCCGCCUGCUGCAGGAGCCUCCACCCGCCCGAUGCAGGAACCCCGGCAAGGAUUCGAGGACCGAUGCCGCUGCUGAUUGUGUUGUCGUUGGUUGUGGGGUUUGCACUCAAGUAG